AUGAGGGAAUUUCCAAGCACAGCAGAUCAGAAGGUGUCAGCAAUGGUCGAGUCUCAGACGCGGCAUCAUCCAUGGCGUUCGCCUGUUCCUUACCUCUUCGGUGGUUUGGCCGCGAUGCUUGGACUCAUCGCCUUUGCUCUCUUGUUGCUCGCAUGCUCCUACUGGACGCUCUCGCGGCGGACAAACGACGGUGACGGCGAGAAACAGACGGAGUCCGGUGAGAAAGUGGUGGCUAAGGUUUUCGAGGAGAAGAUUCUUGUGAUCAUGGCUGGACAAAGCAACCCCACCUUCUUGGCCACUCCGGUCGCCGCCAAGACUUGCGUCACAGUAUUGGACUGUGUAACCAGUGGCGUGAUUGUUGUAAAUACGGAGGAUAAAGAAGGGCAAAAUGGGAAAUCUACGGUUAUAGAAGGGUCGUCGUUUUCUUCAUCAGAGGGAAACCUGUGA